UACAAAUUCGGCGUGUUGUAUGUGAAAGCCGGACAAACGAAAGAGGAAGAAUGGUUUGGGAAUGACCAUUCCGACACCUUUGACCGGUUUCUCAAUAUCAUCGGCGAAAAGACCCUACUGCAAGGCUAUACAGGCUGGGCCGGCGGCCUUGAUGUGAAGAGUGGCGAUUCCGGAGAAUACACCUACACGGCAACGUGGAAAGAGAAUGAAUUAACCUACCAUGUGGCGACCUUGAUCCCAUCGAAAACAGGUGAUGUUCAGCAAAUUCAAAGGAAACGACAUAUCGGCAAUGAUAUUGUGUGCAUCGUUUUUGUGGAAGGAAAACAGCCAUUCAAUCCGCAAGCCAUUCGAUCGCAGUUUCUUCACGUAUUCAUCGUUGUCCAAGAAGAUAUCAUUGAGAAUCGCACCGCCUGGAGAGUUGAGGUGGUUGCAACCAAAGAAGUGCCUAUCUUUGGGCCGCCGUUACCGGAACCUGCCAUUUUUUUCGAUGCGGUUGAACUGAGAUCGUUCUUGCUUGCAAAAUGUGAUUAUGAGUCCUACUAUCUUUUUUUUUCUCCCUUCACUCAGAGACUGAUUUGGAUGAUUUUUUGCUCGGUAGUGGUAAAUGCAGAAUAUGCGGCUUUAAAAUCGCCCAAGUUUGCUCAACCAAUGUCGAGAGCACGUGAAGGCAUUCUUGCGAGUAUUGUACAGCGAGCAUGGAAGACUGAUCAAACGACAGCGCGCGAUAUCAGCUGGCCUACCGACCUUUUAUCGCCCAUGCCUUCCAGAUCCAAUCUUUAUAGAGACGCGGGGACGCCUGGCCACGGUACCCUCAGCGAAGGGAAGGAAAAAACAAGAUAUCUUGAAGGUAUGGCUUCAUCAUGA